UCGUCAUGUUUUCAUCGGUAGUGGAGCAUCUCGAUUAGAGAAGAACUCAUCCAGCCGCCACUCCGCUCAAACUUCGGCCUACUUCCGUCUGAUCGUAUUUACUGGACAAUCAAUAUCCGCUGGUACCGAGCUCACCAUACCUUUUGACUUCGACCCUUCUGCAUGUCAAUACCCUAUUCGGUGUGCUUGCUCAGGCCGCGCCUGUAGCUUGACACGGUCUGGUCCUGCCGGUGCCAUUACUAGUUUGGCGGACCAAGGUCUUAAUCGGCCUGCAAAGACCUCUAUCAAUUCACCUGUGUCUUGUUCCCCUGCAUCCAUCUCUAUCUCCACUAUGCCUACUACUAUGGUCUCUUCCUGCUCACGCUUAUCUACUAUCAUUACUAAUUCCAUGACAACAAACGUCGCCAGUGCUAUCGGCAGCAGCAAUGGUAACGCCAGUAAAUCUGCUAGUCGUAGCCACAGCUUCGGACUCGAUAAUAUCUCUGGAAGUGUUUACGACAAUUCGGCUUUGUCACCUUCACUCCUGCAUGGCGACGCUAUCGAGCCUGCUGCAGAGGAAGUAGUGGUGGCUACCGACGCUUCACCGCGCCCGUCAUCUAUGCGACUAGGCCAAUUAGGAGGAACUUUAGCUGCAUUAACUACAGACGCGCGUCGACGUAGGCAGGCUUCAACAGGAUCUAUUUCACAGCUAGCGCGAUCAACGGGUCGAGUCAAAUUGUCCGGCAGGCACUGCGCAUCGCCCUCUAAUGCUGGGUGA